UUGAAAGUUGAAAGGUUAAGUAUUGUAUAUAUUUUAUUUUUUAGGGAAAAAAGGCAAAUAUAUUAAAUAAUUCUGAUUACAAUGGCACCAUCAAAGGAACUAACGAAGGAAGAAUUGGAAAAAUUCGACUGGAUAACUCUAAAAAAAGAUAUGGAUUCGCACAGUGCAGGUAUCGAAACACAGACUGAAAAACUGAAAAGAAAAUUUGCAGAGAACCCUUUGGUGCCAAUAGGCUGCUUGGCGACUACCGCAGCUUUAUCGUACGGAAUAUGGUGUUUCCGUAGUGGACAGCGAAAAAGGUCCCAAUUAAUGAUGAGGGCUCGAAUAUUAGCCCAAGGGUUUACGCUGGUUGCUAUGAUUGUAGGCGUAGCAGUUCAAGCAAAGAAAACCUUAGAACCGAAGACAAAUGAGUAGCAAAUUGAAACUAAAAGUUAAAUUUAGCUUAUUUGUAAAUAGUCUUGUUGAAUUUAAUUACCGGUUCGCUUUGUAAUUUAGUUACAUUUCAAUUUAAUAUAGUUGAAAGUAUUAUUUAAAUAAAAUUUUAUUUAUAUUUAGCGCAUGCGUGUUCUGUA